UACACGCUUCAAUUCUACAUCCGUUUCUUUCUUUUUCCGGUUUCACAACACAUCAAAAUGGAAGUAGACGAAGUUGCAUUGGCAGAAAAGAAGAAGAGGCGUACCUUUAGAAAGUAUGCCUACAGAGGUGUUGACUUGGACCAGCUGCUUGAUAUGUCAAAUGAGCAGCUGAUGGAAUUAUUUCCCUGCAGAAUUCGUAGAAGAUUGUCCAAAGGUUUAAAGAGAAAGCCAAUGGCACUGAUUAAAAGAUUAAGGCAGGCAAAAAAAGAAGCUGGACCUCUGGAAAAACCAGAAGUUGUGAAAACUCAUUUACGUAACAUGAUCAUUGUCCCAGAGAUGAUUGGCAGUAUCAUUGGUGUAUACAAUGGUAAAACAUUCAACCAAGUAGAAAUCAAGCCUGAGAUGAUUGGACAUUACCUUGGAGAAUUCAGUAUCACAUACAAACCAGUAAAGCACGGUCGACCAGGUAUUGGUGCCACUCACUCUUCAAGAUUCAUUCCUCUGAAGUGAAAACUGGACAUUGUGAUGUGAAAUAAAAAAAUUAAAAAAUAUUGUCUUAUUUA